AUGGCCGAAGACGAAGCGAAAGCAGCAGAGGCUGGACAGCCUCCAGCUGAAGGCGAGAAGAAGCUAUCAAAGAACCAACUGAAAAAGCUUGCAAAGGGCAAGGGCAAGAAGAAAGAAAAGCCUCAAUGGGGCGAAGGAAAGAAAGAUAAGAAACCCAAGAAGGAAGCUCCAGCAGCGCCCAAGUUUGUCAAUACUACACCCAAAGGGGAAAAGAAGGACUUGUCCACUAUUCCCAUGGCGAGUGCCUAUCAUCCUGAGGCUGUAGAGGCUGCAUGGCAAGAUUGGUGGGAAGCCUCUGGGUUCUACUCUUGUGAUCCAAAGGCAGCGGUUGGAAGACCAACUGACGAAAAAUUCGUCAUGGUCAUCCCUCCUCCCAACGUUACUGGAUCCCUCCAUUUGGGACAUGCCUUGACGGCUGCUGUGGAAGAUACCUUGACUCGUUGGCAUCGGAUGAAGGGACAUGCUACCCUCUAUGUUCCAGGAACGGAUCAUGCUGGCAUUGCCACCCAAUCGGUGGUCGAAAAGAUGCUCGUUAAAAGUGAAGGGAAAAAUCGUCAUGACUUGGGACGAGAAGAAUUCGUCAAGAAAGUGUGGGAAUGGAAAGGCGAGUAUGGAAACAAAAUCACAACCCAAUUGCGACUCUUGGGUAGCAGUGUGGACUGGGGUCGAGAAAGAUUCACCAUGGAUGAUAUGCUCAGCAAAGCCGUCGUGGAAGCCUUCAAUCAGUUCCACGAAAAAGGAUUAUUGUACCGAGCCAAUCGUCUUGGAAACUGGUCUUGCGCACUAAAGUCGGCAAUCUCGGAUAUCGAAGUGGACUACAUUGACUUGGAAGGAAGAACGUUCUUGGAAGUCAAGACUCACAAGGGAAACCCCAACGACGCAAAGGGACGUUACGAGUUUGGUACGCUCACGUCGUUUGGAUACCCAAUUGAGGAUUCGGAAGAACAGCUCGUUGUUGCUACCACCCGUCUGGAAACCAUGCUCGGUGAUACCGCUGUGGCCAUCCAUCCCGAGGAUCCCCGCUAUAAACAUUUGCAUGGAAAGUUUGUAGUCCAUCCAUUCAAUGGCCGUCGUAUUCCCAUUGUAUUGGACGCUGAACUUGUCGAUAUGGAGUUUGGUACGGGAGCUGUUAAGAUUACGCCUGCCCAUGAUCCAAAUGAUUACGAAUGUGGUAAAAGACACAAUUUGGAAUUCAUCUGUAUUCUGACAGAAGACGGUUCCAUCAACCACAACGGAUCGCAGUUUGAAGGCAUGAUGCGUUAUGAUGCUCGUAUGGCCGUGGAGGAAGCUCUGAAAGAGAAGGGACUCUACAAAGGGAAAGAACCCAACAAAAUGCGUCUCGGUCUGUGCUCACGUAGUGGAGAUGUUCUUGAACCAAUGAUCACGCCACAGUGGUAUGUCAACUGCAACAGCAUGGCCAAGCGGGCAGCAGAUGCGGUGAGAAAUGGCGACUUGAAAAUUGUUCCUAAUGAUCAUGAAAAGACUUGGUUCCAGUGGCUGGACAACAUCAGGGAUUGGUGCGUUAGCCGUCAGCUGUGGUGGGGCCACCAGAUUCCGGCGUGGUUUGCAACGAAGAAGGGCGAAACCGGCAUUUCGAAGAACGACAUGGAGCACAACGACAGAUGGGUGGUUGCUCGGGACGAAGAGGCUGCGUACGAGAAAGCGGAGAAACUCCUUGGCUGUGCACGCGAUGAGAUUGUGUUGGAGCGGGAUGAAGACGUCCUGGACACCUGGUUUUCUUCAGGGCUUUUCCCGUUUUCGGUCUUUGGCUGGCCUGACCAGACGGAUGAUUUGAAAGCUUUCUACCCAACGUCGCUACUUGAAACCGGGCUCGACAUUUUGUUCUUCUGGGUCGCCCGAAUGGUGAUGAUGGGUCUUGAGCUGACGGACCAUCUUCCAUUCCACACCGUAUUCCUUCACGCCAUGGUAAGAGACAAAGAGGGGCGAAAGAUGUCAAAGUCCCUAGGAAACGUUAUCGAUCCACGUGAAGUGAUUUCUGGGUGCUCUUUGGACACGUUGCAAGGACGACUCACGGCAGGAAACUUGCCAGCCAAGGAAAUGGAGCGUGCAAAGAAAAACAUGCAAGAUGAGUUUCCUGAUGGUAUACCCGAGUGUGGUUCGGAUGCUCUCCGGUUUGGUUUGCUUGCCUACACUGUGCAAGGCCGAGACAUCAACCUGGAUGUUAAGCGCGUGGUGGGCUAUCGCAAUUUCUGCAACAAGCUUUGGAAUGUCAUUAAGUUUGCCUUGGGUAUCGUCACUGACUUCGCGCCAACUCCAACACUAUUGGAUGACUUGAUGAAAAGUGGAAAAAUGUCAAUUCGCGACAAAUUCAUGGUGUCUCGGCUCAUGACAGCCAGCAAGGACGUCAACGAGUGUCUAAGAACAUACCGAUUCGGCGACGCACAACAACUUUCCUAUUCGAUGUGGAUGGACGAUUUGUGUCUUCUUUACAUUGAACUUAUCAAACCUGUUGUUUACAACAACGACGACAAGGAUAGUCGCUGGGCAGCUCAAGCCACCCUUUGGGUUGCCUUGGAUAUUGGCAUGAGGCUGUUGCACCCCAUGAUGCCAUUUGUAACCGAAGAGCUAUGGCAGCGCCUUCCCGGCCGUGGUACGCUGGGUCCUGACGAGACACAGACAAUCAUGCUGGCCAAGUAUCCAGAAUGCAUCGACGAGUACUUGAAUCCCGAGGUUGAGGCAUCAAUGGCCGCAACGAUGAAGGUGAUCAACGCAUGCCGGUCUUUGCGGGCGUCUUAUCGCAUCGUUGACAAAGUAAAGACCCAUUUCUUUGUCAAGAUUAAUGGCCCGGACGAGGCUGCCGUGGCUGCCCAGACUGACGACAUCAAGACUCUUGCGAAAGCAUCGGCCGUGGACAUCAACCCUGCAGAAGACGCGAUUCCGCAGACGGUGGGAACUGUGGUCAUCGAUGAACAGACCACUCUGCUAAUGGAUUUGAAGGGUUUGGUUGACUAUGAAGCCGAGAUCAAGCGACUGAGCAAGAGUCUCAACUCGACACUCCCCAUUCUCAACAAGCUCGAGAAGACCAUUGCAGCCCCAGGCUACAAAGAGAAUGCGGCGGAAAAUCUUCAAAAGGAGAAUCACGAGAAGCUUGAAGGGUUGCAAAAGAAGAAGGCUGACAUUGAAGAGGCAAUCAAAAACUUCGAACGCCUGAAACUGUUGGAGACGAGCUAA